AUGACUGCUUCAGCAAUAGCCAUCAUCCUCCUCUUUCUUACCUUCCUCUGGUCUCUCAUCCAGAGGCCGAGACACCGAAAACUGCCUCCUGGUCCUUGGGCGCUGCCAGUUAUGGGUAAUCUCCAUAUGCUAGGCAACCUCCCACACCGCAGCCUCCGAGACCUGGCCAAAAAAUAUGGACCCAUAAUGUCCAUGCGUCUAGGCACCAAUACCACCAUAGUGGUCUCAUCCCCUGAAGCUGCGGAGCUAUUAUUGAAACCCAUGACACCAUUUUUGCCAGCCGCCCCAAAGAAGUUGUGCACGCUGCAGCUUCUUUGUCCAUCAAAGAUUGAGGCUUUUGCUCCAUUGAGGAGGGAAGAGGUGGGUUUGUUGGUUGAGUCGCUGAAGAAAGCCGCAGCGGAGGGUCAAGUUGUGGAUCUUAACGAGAAGGUUGGUGAGCAUGAAUCCAUUGAGGGCAUAACGUGUAGGAUGGUGUUGGGGAGCAAAAAUGAUGAUACGUUUGAUGUGAAGGGAAUUAUUAAGGAGAUCAUGUUGUUGACAGGGGCAGUCAACAUUGGUGAUUAUUUGCCUUUCUUCAGUCCAUUUGAUUUUCAGAAAGCCAGAAUGACUGCUACAGCUAUAGCCAUCCUCCUCCUCUUUCUUACCUUCCUCUGGUCUCUCAUACAGAGGCCGAGACACCAGAAACCGCCUCCUGGUCCUUGGGCGCUGCCAGUCAUUGGUAAUCUCCAUAUAUUAGGCAACCUCCCACACCGCAGCCUUCGAGACUUGGCCAAACAAUAUGGACCCAUAAUGUCCAUGCGUCUAGGCACCAAAACCACCAUAGUGGUCUCAUCCCCUGAAGCUGCAGAGUUAUUCUUGAAAUCCCAUGACACCAUUUUUGCCAGCCGCCCCAAAGUCCAAUCCUCCGAUUACUUGUUUUACGGCUCAAAGGACAUGGCUUUCAGUGAAUAUGGUCCGUACUGGCGGCAUAUUAGGAAGUUGUGCACGCUGCAGCUUAUUUGUCCAUCGAAGAUUGAGACUUUUGCUCCAUUGAGGAGGGAAGAGGUGGGUUUGUUGGUUGAGUCGCUGAAGAAAGUCGCAGCGGAGGGCCAAGUUGUGGAUCUUAGUGAGAAGGUUGGUGAGCUGAUUGAGGACAUAAUGUCUAGGAUGGUGUUGGGGAGCAAAAAUGAUGAUACGUGUGAUAUGAAGGGAAUUAUUGAGGAGCUCGUGUUGUUGAUAGGAGCAGUCAACAUUAGUGAUUGUUUGCCUUUCCUCAGUCCAUUCGAUUUUCAGGGUAACAUCCCUCUCACAUUGAGUGGGACCCACAUGCGAGGCCCUGCGUAUGGGUCUCACCCUAUGCAUCGUGGAUUGACCAAGCGCAUGAAGAGACUUGGCAAGACAAUCGACCAACUCUUGGAGAAGAUAAUUGGGGAACACCAAGAAGUUUCUAAAAGUGGGCAAGCACACCAAGGCCAUCGUCACAAGGACUUUGUGGACGUGAUGCUUUCGUUAAUGCACCAACCAUUGAAUCCCAACGAUGAGCAAGUCUACAUGAUUGACCGCACAAAUGUGAAGGCCAUCUUACUAGACAUGAUUUCAGGUGCCUUCGAUACGUCAGCUACCGCCAAAGUUUGA